UCGCAGAAGUAUUUUUUAGCUUUUUUUAAAAGUGAUACAUAUAUGUACUUACAAUUCGUCAAUCUUCCUCAAUGUGCCUUAGAAAUGGAAAAAUGUUUCGAAAACAUCGAUGUCAUCGAUGUUGGCAUCGAUGUUUCUCCACAUAUUCUAAUACAUACAUAAUGCCAUAUACACUUAGUAAACCGGCCAAAUUACUAUGUAAUGGCACUCAAUGAUCCCGCACAGCGAAACCAGGUGAUCAUUCUUCAGGAUGGUUAUUCUCGGCAAGAAAUCGGGGACGACACCGCCAUGAGGGCUAAUUGCACAUGCACGCUAGUCCGCUGCAGAGACGGAACUAACGUCCUAGUUGACACAAUGACGGCGUGGGAUGGGGAGCAUCUGCGUUCAUUGCUGGGUGAACACGGACUGGGCGUCGACGACAUCAACGUGGUGGUUUGCUCUCACGGACACUCGGACCACGUUGGGUGCAACUACCUGUUUCAGAAGGCACGUAUGCAUCUGGUUGGCGCAUGUGCCUCGCAUGGCGACCUUUACAUGAGUCACUUUGGCUCUGGCAAACCGGAUGAGGAACUGGCGCUAGACUCGAAUGGCGAGGUGGUUGUGAUACGAUCGCCAGGACACACCCUCAGCUGCGUUUCUGUGCUUGUAAAUAACUCCCAGUUGGGAGGUCGCGUUGGCAUCACCGGAGAUCUUUUUGAGCGACGAGAGGACAUAGACGAUGAAAGCAUUUGGAAAAAUGCUGGAAGUGAAAAUGAGAAACUUCAGCGCGAGGAGCGCAGUAAAAUGGCACAUUGUUGCGACUUUAUUGUACCAGGACAUGGUCCGGUUUUUUCGGUAAACGCAUUAAUGCGCAAGAAGUUAAAACAAUAUGCCGUUUCCAGUGCUUAAUGCAAUAAUUUUGUUUUAAAAAAUACAACAGUCAACAAACUUUAAGACUAUAUAACACUCAGAAAAUUUAUAAUAUAUGUAUAUUAGACCCACUA